UCAAAAGACUUAGGCAACAAACUCUCCAUUGGUAGACAUAUUUAGAGGAUGUUGCGAUCUACAUAUGUUUAAAGACGUGGCAGUGUCACCAGUGCAACAAUACAAAUCUUGCAUAUAAUCUUUAUUGACAUGUCGUAUUAGUACUGCUAUAGCUUACAUCGCUAAUUUCAAUAAGAAGACAAUGGUUUAUCCCGAAGAACCAUUUUGGGUUCUACCAACGGUCACUGGAUUUUACGAGGACAGAGAUUAUAGAGUGAAUGUGGUAGAAGCCCUACAAGAGUUUUGGCAAAUGAAGCAAUCUCGCGGAGCUGAACUAAAAAACGGAGCUCUUGUUAUUUACGAAUCGAUUCCAGCAAAUAGCCAGCCAUACAUUUGUUUCGUAACGCUGCCAGGAGGCAGUUGUUUCGGAAGCUUUCAAAAUUGUCCAACAAAAGCGGAAGCCAGACGCAGUUCGGCCAAGAUUGCUCUGAUGAACUCGGUAUUCAAUGAACACCCAUCGCGUCGAAUUAGUGACGAAUUUAUACAGAAAGCAGUACAGGAUGCUCGGACUUCCUUUAAAGGAACAACAUCCCAAGUCAACGAGGGCACAGAGUCGGGAAUCGGCGCAUUCAGAUUCAUGCUGGAAGCAAAUAAGGGUAGAACUAUGCUUGAGUUCCAAGAACUUAUGACUGUUUUUCAACUGCUCCACUGGAAUGGUUCCCUCAAGGCAAUGCGCGAACGUCAUUGCUCCAGGCAGGAAGUCGUGGCUCACUAUUCCAACCGCAGUCUGGAUGAUGAGAUGCGCUCACAAAUGGCGUUGGACUGGAUUGCCAGGGAACACGACAGCCCCGGCGUUAUUCGUCGCGAAUUGGUGCUGGCCGAGAGAGAGCUGGAAACCUUUCGCAUGGCUGGACGAGAACUGCGUUUUCCGAAGGAGAAGAAGGACAUACUUAUGAUAGCUCAUAACCAAUUGGGCGGUAGUACCCUCAGUUCGGCUUCCAUUGAUGAUUGAUCGACCAGAAAAUAUUUCAAAUAUGCGUUUACAAACUUUUUAGAUAAAUCAUAUAAUUUCACUUUGA